AUGGACUUUUUUUCCCAAGGUCAUCACAGCUCGACGAACGACCAGGCGCAGGACGCGUUCGCCCAAGCCAUCAAUGCUCGCUUCAACAACAGCCAGGCCGCGCUUCUUACCUCCCAGAUCGUCCCAUCCCCCGGGCCACCCUCCGUGCUCUCUCCCCCAGCACUUCGCAUCCCCCCACGCUCAACAACACACCAGCCAGCAACAAUUCCACCCGUCGCUGGCCCAUCGCGCAUCACCAAUACGACAUCAUCAGCACCGUCAGCACCGUCAGCAACGUCCUUCCCCCCGUACACCCCCGCCACACUCCAGUCCCUCCUCUCAGAUCCCCAUACCCUCAUCCUCGAUCUUCGUCCACUCGGGACCCACUACAACGCUCGCAUACCACAUGCCCUCUCCCUCUCCGUCCCCUCCACCCUCCUCAAGCGUCCCCUCUUUUCCACCACCAAGCUCGCAGAGAUGCUCCCCACAGAAGCUGCCCGGCGCAAAUUCUCCCAAUGGCGAUCCGCCCAUCGUAUCCUCGUCUACGACGCCGACUCUUCCAACAUCCAAGAGGGCAGCAAUAUCCUCGGCCUCCUUCGCAAAUUCCGCGCAGAGGGUUCACAGCCUUCACCCGAUGACCCAGAUGCUAUGGUCGUCGAGCGCGAGCUCGCCUGGCUCAAGGGUGGCUUCCAGGCCGUCUGGCGCGAACGGCGCGAUCUCAUCGACUCCAACCCACCACCAGACGAAGAUGAGCUGGACGAUGAUCACGACUCACCACCUCCGACGAGUAGCGUGCCUUCGACCGCGGCUCCUACCGCACUCUCUCUCACCGACAGCGGCAAUUCGUCACAGAACUCGUUCCAGAGCAGCGCACUCUCCUUGCCUACGUCGAUCAGUUCAAUGCAAUCCAAGAACUCGAACGUCCUUCGGACGAAGCGUCUGCCCAUGAGCGCAUUCGGCGUCUCGUCCACUACCUCCUCACACCGGUCUGGCUCGGCCCAUCACCAGCAGUAUCUCGACAAGGAUAGCCCCCUGACGGCAGCGUCCAAGACGUCGAUAUCGCCCAAUGUGGCGUACAACCCUUUCUAUGACGCCAUUCGACAAAAUCUGGAGCUCUCACACGGAAUCACAGAGAAGAUCCCGUUGAAAAUCAGUCGAGAGGCAAAGGAGAGGAUCGGCGAGCUGCCGUUUGCUUGGUUGAGAGAGAUCGGGAGAUGGGCCAGCGCGGAGGAUAAGCAGCCUUCCGGGUCUAAGGAGGGCCAGGCAGUGGAGAAAGACAAGUGGCGCGAACCUUCUUCUGCUGGCGGAUCUGGUAUAGGGAGCUCGAGUAGCAGUGAGAGCGGCGGGAAGGAGAGGGACGAUGCGCACGUGCGGUUCAAGGAUGCCGCGCGCGGACAGAAGAACACGGGCGAGGUGAGUCCGAAUACGGCUGAGGGGAUGGAGGCUCUGGCCAUGCAAUUCUAUCGGAUUGAGCUGGGAGAGCAGAGGAGGUUGAUGGGUGUUAUGGAGCACCAUUCGAAGGAGAGCGGACACGUGGUGAAGGAGAGCAAACAGUCGCAGGAGGCCGCGCAUGAGAAGAACAAGAAGGAGAAGAAGUGCGGGGAGGUUGAAGGAAUUGAAGGGAUGGCCGAGAAAGGGCACGAGGGUGAGGGCGAGAAGCACGUAACAGGCGAGGCAGAUAACGAGAAGGAUCAAGGCUCAUUUCCGUUCAGUAUUAUUGCUGGUAUCGAAAAGGGUGCUAAGAACAGGUACCGCAACAUUUGGCCAUUCGAGCAUGCCCGCGUCCGUUUGCAAAAACCAAGACCAGACAAUGCCUCAGAAGGCGCGUCCCACAGCUCGGGCUCGUCCACCGUUUUGGGCAGCAAGAGCUCACAAGAAGCAACGGCGUUUCCCUACCUGGAGUCUGCGAAGAACGUGCAGAGUCACGAGAAGAAGGUCGGUCUCGGUUCGCCCAUCUCCACAUCGAGUAAGUCGGCUGCAGGGCGGGCGGGAGGGGGCGAAGACGCGGGGGACUCGGACGACUAUGUCAAUGCGAGUUAUGUGCAACCGCUGGGGACGAAGAAGAAGUACAUUGCGACGCAGGGUCCGUUGCCGGAAACGUUCGUGGACUUUUGGACUCUUGUAUGGGAACAAAAUGUCAGCGUCAUCGUCAUGCUCACGCGCGAGAUGGAAGGGAUGACCAUCAAAUGCGGCAAUUACUGGUCUGAUUCCGUGUACGGUCCCCUCCGGCUCAGUCUCGUCUCCACCACCGCCGCCGAAUCUAACACCUCGCGCGACCCCGCCAACCCCUCGAAAUCCGAAGCUCCUUCCUUCUUUCCCGUGCAGGCGACCUCCUCCACCGCUCCGGAGCAAACGAGUAGUGAGGAGACGAUCAAGAGGGUGUUUCAUCUGAGCCAUACCGCGUAUCCGCAACUACCACCGAGGAGGGUCGUCCAGCUUCAGUACCUUGCGUGGCCGGAUUUCAACGUGCCGAACGAUUCGUGGGGGCUGUUGAAGUUGAUCAAGCAAGUGGAGGAGGAGGUGGAGAAUUCGGAGAGGGAUAGGUUGGAGUGGGAGAUGAUCAAGUCGAAGAGGGCGGCGACUGUCAAGCGGAAUCCUGUGUCGGCGCUUGCAUCUUCGGCAUGCACACCGUCUGUACCAGUACCGGCACCGGCAGUGGGUACAGGCGAGGAGGAUAAGAGUCUUGCGAGUAAUGAGUCGGUUGCUGGGGAUACGGACUCGGAACUCGUCAGCACGCCCUCCACGGACGACAUGGAUUCCGAAACUGGGAUCGUGUGGAACGCACUCGCAAAGCGGCCUAUUCUCCUCCAUUGUUCUGCGGGCGUCGGGCGCACGGGCGGGUAUAUCGCUGUCGAUGCCGUGCUUGAUGGUGUGAAGAACGAGAUGAGGAAGCGACGCGAGGCGGCGGGGAUCUUUGCGACGACGACGGAGAGUCGGAGUAGGAGUGGGAGUAGGCGGUUGGAGAGUGAUAGUGAUGGGGCGAGUCCGCAUGAAGAGGCGGUAGCGAUGGAUGUGGAUGAUGGGGGGUUGGUGAUGAGUUUGCCGGUUGGGACGGAUAAUCUGGCGGGACGGCAGGUCGGGUUGUCGGUGCAUGUGCCUGUCGUGGGGAUUAGUCCGGAGGAGAAGGAGCGUCGCGGCGGGGAUGACUCGAGGUCAGAGGCUCUAGUGGAGGAAUCUCGGAUGGAGGUCGAUGAACAGAAGCAGCCGUCUCAGGUCCAGCCCACUGAUUCUCAGUCACCCUGGUUGAUGCACCCCCAUAGCCAGGGCCUGAUGAAAUGGACACCUGGUGUCGGCGCCACCGUUCAGUCCUCUCGUCCUCACAUCUCCCAUCAUUUUUCGCACACGAGCAACGCCUCGUCUUUGGGUCCCUCCAGAAGGCGGCCGUCUACGUCCACUCGGCACCCAAGCGUCUCUCCUCCGUCGCGGUCACCCAGCGAGCCACCUGAAUCAGGUUCAGGCUCAUCGGGUUCGUCGCUCAGUCUUCCUUUUGCCAAUCCUUCUAACCCUGCCACUGGCCUUACCACCCCCUUCUCGUUCUCGUUCUCGAAACCCGACCCUUCCCGCACGUCCUCCUCGGAAUCUUUGUCCUCCUCAUCCCCCUCCUCGUCCUCGAAUGCUCAUCCGAUCGUGAAAUUACCAGUGACGACGCCGAACGCAGCGAGGCACAGGACGUGGUCCGCGCCGAAUCAUACGCCGAUGUUCGACAAGAACAAGACGCCGAGCGCGGCUAUCACACCGGGGACGUUUAACCUCAAGAUGCCGGCGCCCAAAGCGCCCGGCGCGUCCUCUGUCCCUCGAUUCGGUGGUAUCCCAUCAAGGCCUAUCCAUCUGAGUUCAAAACCAAACGAACCACCGUCUUCCGUGUUCGCGUUGCAUCAUCACAUCAGCGACCCGUCGUCGCUGGGCCGGUCGUCCUUGAAUUCGCCGCUGGCGGUCGCUGCGGAGCGGUAUACGUCUUCGCCUUUGGCGUUAGGUCCUGAGCCUCCGACCUCGCGGAGUGGGUCUGCGUCGAAUCCAAGGCAGAGGUAUCAUUCGUCGCCGGUCACUGGGUUUAUGCAGCAGGUCCAGCAGUCGGCGUCGUUGCCUGUUCCGCUGCGUCAUCCGCAUGCACAUGUGCAGCAGACGCAAGCCCAAACGCACCCUGUCCUCCUUCAGGAGUCACCGCAGCAGCAGCAGCAUCCACAGCCAGAAAAGCAAAGUAGCAGCGAUAGUAUAGCUCAAGAAGCGGCAGCAGAGACGUUCGAUUAUACGAAGCCGAGGAGACUGCACAGCGCACGGACGACACCGCUCAUGCUCUCGGACCUGGACGAGCCCGUGCGGAGGGUGGUGGAGGAUAUGCGGGAGCAGCGGAUGAGCUUGUGUCAGAGUCUGAGGCAGUAUGUGUUUGUGCAUCGGGCGAUCUUGGAGGGCGUGUUGCAGUUGGUGGAUGAGGAAAGGGAGAUGUAUGGGGAUGUGUGGAUGGAUGCGGAUUUGGGCGAGGGCAAGGAGGCGGUGGCGAAGGCGAAGGAGGAGGCGCUCAGUCCCGCUGUGGAUUUGGCGGGUUCGGGUGGGCAGAUGGGUGCGAUGCCGUGGCAGCCAAUCCCGAAUAUGGCCACGGGAGAGCCGAGUCCUUCGUCAGGUACUAUUCACCAACCGGACCAGCCGAGUAUCAUCAUCUCGUCAUCACCUUCCCCGUCCAAGGGCAAACGGGGCGCGAGCCCAACGGAGUUGCCGAUCAAGGAUAAGAUGGGUGUGUUGAAACUCUCGAAGCGGCCGAGUAUCAAGAGGGUACAGGGCCAGAGGAGCGGUGACGGGGUGCAGUCGGAGUCUCCAGAGGGUCGUGAGGGUUCAUCGAGCGGCGGUGCGCUUGCGCGUGUAGGUGAGGGGGUCAAGAUGCAGCAGCCUAUGCACGACUCGUUUAUGACGAGGUCUCUGCCACCUGGGCUGGCGCCGCCAUAGAACGGCCGCCAGACGGAAUCGUAGGAUAAUCAUCAAUUACUUAUUCUUUCUCCUAUCUAUUCUCAUUCUCAUUCUCAUUCCAUGUUUUCCUCGUUCAUCUCUUUUUCUUUCAUUUCUCCGCUCUGUGUCUCUAUGUCGCUCCUUUCGAUGCUAUCGUUGCUGCGAUGUUCCUAUCUAUACGUCCGUGUCCAUGCGUAUUGCUUUUCAAAAAUCCAACAUCUCGUCACGAACCAGCCUCAUCUCCAUCUAUCCAUCCAUUCGUCCUCUGUCUCUUUUUCCCAUCGACAUUUCUCUUCUCUCAUAUCAUCUCUUUUUUUCAUUCCUCUCCACUGACUGACCUCUCUGUAUAGCACUCCUGUUCAUUUCCAUUCAUGUUCAGUAUUGCAGAUAAACCCACGCAAGAUACAACCCCUUACAUAUUGCAUCUCAUCGGCGGCAUGCUACGUUUCUACACUACAGUCCUCCUUCUCUUAACCUUUUCAACAUUAUAUUACCUACCUUUGCCCUACUCACCUAAAUAACC